UCAUUUAUAUUUUCUACGAAUUUCAUAGGGCUUGUUAGUUGUGAUCUAAAGAUAUCUCUGGCAUUCCCUUGGAAAUCAAUAAGCUCAAAUUUGUGUCUCUCUUUCAUGGGCAUUUCUUUGAUUCCUUGAAUCAUUUCAGAAGAGUUUCCAAAAUCAAUUUUUUUGUGGGUUCAGGGGAUGGAAGAGAUGCAUAAAACUGACAAUCAUAUGACAUCAGCUGCUGCCUUUGUGGAAGGGGGAAUCCAGGAUGCCUGUAAUGAUGCUUGCAGCAUAUGCCUCGAGGAGUUUUCUGGAAACGAUCCUUCAACAGUGACUAAUUGCAAGCAUGGGUUUCACCUCCAAUGCAUUCUUGAAUGGUGCCAGAGAAGUUCGCAAUGCCCCAUGUGCUGGCAAGCCAUUAGCUUGAAGGACCCUGCAAGUCAAGAAUUGCUUCAAGCAGUCGAAAGGGAAAGAAGCUUUAGGGAUACCCCAUCAAGAAAUACCACAAUAUUUCACCAUCCCACCCUUGGUGAUUUUGAAUUGCAACAUUUACCAGUUGGUAUGAAUGAUCCUGAACUUGAAGAGCAUAUAAUACAGCACUUGGCUGCCGCCACUGCUAUGGGAAGGGCCCACCACGCUGGUCGGAGGGAGGGACAUAGAAGAUCAUCACCUCAUAGUCGUCCACACUUCUUGGUGUUCUCCACUCAUCCUGGUGCAGAGGAUUCUGGUUCUGGAUCGUUGCCACUUACACAGGUAGCAGGGGAAACCAGUACAGCUGCAGUCACUGUUGCUAAUCCAUCUACUCCACUAUUGUCCGGAGGAGAUGAGUUAUCCCAACGGAUAUCACCAUUUCCUUCUAGUCAAAAUACAUCUGCAUCUGGAUCCACUGUCAAUCCAGUAAACAGACGAGGAUUUUCCUUUAAUAAUCGAUGCACUUGCAGUAAUUCCUCAUUGACAAAUCAGGAGAGAACCAGACCAUCAGAGUUGCAAUCAUUUUCAGAGUCUUUAAAAUCCAGAAUUAAUUCAGUGUCCUUGAGGUACAAGGAAUCAAUCUCAAAGAGUACUAGAGGUUUGAAGGAGAGGUGGUUCUCACGCAACCCUUCUAUGCCUGAUGGCGAGAAUGAAGCUCGGAGAGAAGCGAGUGCAGGAAUUGCUAGUGUGUCUCGAAUGAUGGAACAUCCUGAGACUGAUGAAAAUAGCAGACAAAAACAACAUUCUAUGUUACAUCAUUUUGGCAGAUCCUCCGAUACAGAGCUAAGAAACCGAGAUAACCCUUUAAGUAUUAGCUCUUCACCUUCACCUGCUUCGCAUGCUGGAAGUUUCCUUUCUAAUUAAGUUAUGAGAAGUUAUUUUGGCAAAUGGGAUCUACCCCAGAAUUUCGUCUUUGUAGGUUGUCCAUCUCGUUUCUCCAAAAAUGGCAUGCUGCCUUUGCAUUUCAGGCCAGCUGAUUUGGCAUAUACGGAUGGAUAAAUUCAUGGUGGUUAAAUAAGCCCACAAGAAGUCUGAGAAAGAGCUUUCAUUUGGUCACAAACCUAUAUAUAUAUAUAUAUAUUAUACAAAGAUAAUGUAUGGGGUUUGCUUCUAGGGACUGUAUUUGCUACAUUUGUGUUGAUUCACUAUGGUUCCAAAACCUUUUAUAUUUUCUUGUUAAAGUCAUGCAUGGUCCUCAUACGGAUUAUA